AUGCGAUGCUGUCAGCGGAGCUUCAUUAUCAUCAGGAUGAAGCACAGAUGCUCUCUGCUUCCUCCUGCAGCUCACAGCCGCUCACAAAAGAUCAAUGAGUGCCUCCACAGAGGAGCAGGACGUCUGUCACCUCCACUCUACGUCCUGGAUUUAAUAAAACACCAGCAGGGGGCGCCACAGGACAGGCUGGACAUGCACGAUAGGACAGCAGAGUUUCUUGGAGUGUACACAUUCACACACCGCCUCAGGCGGAGGUCCCCAGAGAGGAGGAGGAAGAGAGCUGGUAAACAGCAAGGACAGGAGGAGCAGGGGGGAGGAGGAGCCCUGACCAUCACGGGCUUUUAUUUUGAGGAUUUGGCGAAUGCGGGCUUUUAUUGUGGUGGUCUGACUAAACUUCCUCCGUGUCUCCCGGAGCUUGCCGGUCGGGCUCCGCCGCCCUGCUCUCCCGUCCACAGUGAACUCUCAGUCCGGUCGUUCAGCUCCGGGGCCGCUAACGAACUCAGCCCGCGGACACCGCAGCUCACCGGGGCUCACCGGGGCUCACCGGCAGGUCUGCGCCCGUUAGAGCGUUUACUGAGUACCGGAGGAGGAGGGACGCCCGCAGACUUUCCGACGGAACAGAACUCCGGGGACUGCGUCCAUGCUGAGCCGCACACAGGUGCUCGCCGUGGUCGGUCCAGGAUGAGCCUGCUGGGCGUUCGGAGGAGGCUGCUGUGUGCUGCCGUGAAGCCGCCCUGCUCCCUCUGCUUCCUCCUGUGGUUCCUCCUGCUGCUGGGAGCCGGAUCGCUGCUGCUGCUCGCCCGCCUGCAGAACCUCACCGAGCCAGUCCUCCAGCGGCGCCCAGGUGUGCAGGUGCUGGCGGCUCCCAGGCGGCCUUCACAGAAGGAAGCCGACGAUGCGGCAGGACGUCGUCCCGUCUCUCCGCCCGCUCUCCGUCCCCAGCCACCGUCCUCCUCGCUGUUCUCUUACUCGCCGCUUGGCUCAAAGCAGCCGCUCACUAAACGCCGCAGGAAGCUGCUGCUGAAGAGCAGCGUGGCGGCGUCCAGCUCCCCCACGGGCCAAGUAGAGGCGGCGCUGCAGCUGGCGAGGAUGCAGGAGUCACGGCACCGCCUGCUAACAGAUAUCUGUGCCCAAUACCAGCCGGGAGUGGGUAGGCGGCGGCCGCCGUCGCAGCGGCAGGUGUCGCGGGUGUACGUGGAGGAGCGGUCCCGGCUGCUGUACUGCGAGGUGCCCAAAGCUGGCUGCUCCAACUGGAAGCGGGUGCUGAUGGUGCUGAGUGGCAGCGCCGCGUCCACACGGGACAUUCCUCACGACGCAGCGCAUUACGAAAACCGCCUCCCACGGCUCAGCGGCUACAGUCGUGCUGGCGUUGCCGAGCGGCUUCGCUCCUACACCAAAGUGCUGUUCGUCCGGGAGCCCUUUGAGCGCCUUGUGUCAGCAUUUCGGGACAAGUUUGAGAGCCCCAACUCAUACUACCACCCCGUGUUUGGACGGGCCAUCAUUUCCAGGUACCGAGCCAACGCCACACAUGCUGCAUUGCGCUCCGGUGCCGGUGUGACCUUCAGGGAGUUCGUGCAGUACCUGCUGGAUGUGCGGCGGCCCGUGGGGAUGGACAUCCACUGGGAGCCGGUGAGCCAGCUGUGCAGCCCAUGCUUCCUGCAGUUCACCUUCAUCGGGAAGUUCGAGAGCCUGGAGCGUGACGCUAACUUCCUGCUCCGAAGCAUCGGGGCGCCGGCCAACCUCACGUUCCCGGACUUCAAGGACAGGAACCCACUGGCGGAGAGGACGUCCUCCAGCAUCACGCAGAAGUACUUCUCACAGCUCAACGCCACCGAGCGGCAGAAGGCCUUCGACUUCUACUACAUGGACUACCUGAUGUUCGGGUACCCCAAGCCCUUCAGCGACCUACACUGAGCCACCGCCGCGCUCAGCUGAGGACGAGUGUUUGGCUAUGUUAACGUGUCAGAGGGGUGGGACAAGCUGAGGCUGCGUACCUGUGCAGGUGUGAGAGCUCCAGACUCAGAGACUGAUCUUUGUGUUUGUGUGUUUUUAAUGACUUCUGUGAAGUUUUGUUGAGCCGCGUCCUGCAGAGAGAAGCUGUCAGAUAACAGUCAGUUGCUCGCGACAAUCAGAUCGCAUUUAGCCAAAUCUGCUCCAAACGUGGCUGUUGGCGAAAGAAGCUGAGGUGGUCUGCACGUGUGCGGAGGAGGAUGAGGAGAUGAGCCGAUGUGGCGGUAACAGACGCCACAUCAGAGUCAGGUGAUGGUCACCUGACUCUGAGCACUGAAGCAUCCGAGUGAAUCGUGCAUUAGGAUGGAGGAGGAAGACAAGGACGAUGGAGCGCUCUCAGAAUAACGGCUUCUAUAAUCUGACCUCUGACCUCGGCGUUGUGGCAAAGACACAGUCGAGAUGCUGUUUAAUAAUUUUUUUUAAUCAGUGAAUCAGGCACAAAAAAUAUAAAAAUGUUUUUCACAAAAAUGUGAUUUUUGGGCCGACAUUAUGACAGGAAACAGGAAGUAUGAUGCUGCGGACGGACCGAGCUCUGGAUUAUUUUAAUAAAGACCUUAAAUCUGCUCGGGUGGAGGAAUGCCUCAGUCCAUCAUUUAUGUACAGUCUGUUUAAAGCAGGAACAGGAAGUGAGGUAGGAGGUGAUGCUGCAAAUCUGUUUGUGGUGAUUUUCAGAGACGACCUCGAAGCCUUAACACUGCCUUCUCACCUGUGACCACAAUAAACGAGACACUCUUUGAAAACCUGGAGACUCGCCUCUUAUUCUGACACUCACAGCAGGCUGACCUUUGACCUUUGUGCUCAGGUCUGGGUGUAAAUAAAGUUUAGCUCCCCUAACAUCACCUGCAGACAGUCAGAUUUAUUAUUAUUCACCUGUAUUUAUUCAUCACCAGAGAUGGGCAGUAACGCGUUACUGUAAUCCGAUUACUUUUUUCAAGUAACGAGUAAAGCAAGGGAUUACUAUUGCAAAAACGGUAAUUAGAUUACCGUUACUUUCCCGUAGGAACGCUGCGUUACUGCGUUACUAAAACCAUGUUUUCUUGCGAGAAUGUCUCAUGACAGUGACGUAAGCGAGCACGACGUUCGUGACAACAGCUGUGUGCAGAUCAACAAUGGAUAAUAUAUCGAGUGCGGGAGAGAGUAUGAGCGUGCAGCGUUUAAAGCGUGGAAGUACUGACCUUACUUUGAGUUUGAUUCCAUAAAAAGUGACAAAAACAUUAGCGUCCGUUGUGCGUGGGAAGAAAACUUCUUUUUACAGCGAAGAAAACCCCUAAACUUCCAAGCAAGCACCGAGUGCGCUACGACGUAUUUCCGUAACACGGAAAUUCACAGAGAAACUUGCGGAUUCUUCCACUGACCGCCGCGGCACACCUGCACCAGGGUAAACCUCCGCCUGCCCCACUCCUGCUUUACAGGUGAAAAGAGAGCAACAGGACCGCUGAGUCUUUGAUUUUAUUUAUUUUCUGCUGUGUUUUACUUGCAUCUAUUUGAAAGACUGAGUGUAAACACAAAAAAAUAUUUUAUUUUAUG